GCACUGGGUCCGCCAAACGUCGCUGGAGUAGAUUUUGAUGCGGAUGAACUAGAAUCAGAGGAUAUUGACUUAACAGAGAUUGAAACCACUCAGGGAUAUGGCAAAAAAGACGGGAUCCAGCCAGGUAAUAUAAUGGACGCUCUGGCUACUCUAAAUCCAAACAAAUUCGGUUCAUCAGAAACUGCAAAAGUUCCUUCUGAGAGGAAGCCCAAGGACAUUAGCCAAUUCAAGCGUCUACCAACACCAGGCGAUGUGAAUUCCAGCACAACCCCCGCAUACAUGCUCCUUAAUACUCGAGGCAUCAAUGCCGGUUUGAUUGGUCUUCAAAAUUCCGCCAUCGAGUCUUCAAAUGGUCCCUCCUCAAGUUGUAGUGGUGGAAGUACUUCAGCAACUUCAGUCUCUGGGAAAAAAAAGUCAGCUCCCCCUCCCAAAAAAUUGGCAGACAUUGGUGCCAGGGCUGAGGAGAAACACCAUAAAAUGAUGGCCAAGAGGAAAGAGAGGAUGAAUUUAUUCGGAGCUGCUGGUAGUCGAUUAGAUGACCUGGAUGCCUUCUUAUUUAGCGAUGAUGAUGACGGUGAUAAUGAGAAGCCUGGGAAACAUGACAAAAAAGGCGAGUUGAUUUUGCAAAACCGUUUCUACUGA